CGGUUUUGCUUGAAUUUUCUCAUAUUUGAUAAGGUAUAAAGAGACGGUACCUUGAAUGUCGUUCCAAUGAUGUCUUCACUGCAGGAACCAUGGACUUCACGAGGCGCAGCACCAACCAACGAUAACAAUAAUCCUCGUCGAUAUACCAUGAGCCACGCCGACGGUUCGCAGGGCUUUGUCCUUCCCGGUAAACGAUCACGCAUGGCCGGUCCGAAAUCUAGAAAGCAAGCACGAUUGUCCGUGGGCGGAACUGACGUGGAACCUUCCGCGUUGCUAGACGAUGCCUUGGGACCUCAAAGAAUGGUCAUGAAUAUUUCAUCCUCGCAAGCCUCAGAUGCCAGUUUUCAUCUGGAACGACGAGCACCCUCUAUUGCUUCAGCCUCCUUACCGGCACGGUAGCGUACACCUAGUUGAAAGGGGGGAGGGACUUGUUAUAUUUCCUCGUUUUACUCACCAAGAAUGGUUUAUUACAGGCGUAUUAGCACGUUGAAUCCUCGUUUAUCUGUGGUCAGUGAUACGGCAAAAGCAUACAACAACGGUAAACCGCAGGCCAUCGCGAAACUGCAUCAUGAUCCACGCAAUAUCAAGGACCCUGAAUUUCAGCGAAACGCGACACGAACCAUCACCGACUACCUCGCCGAAGCAGGUUACGGUUUCCUCGAUAAACGCGCUUUACGCGACCUGACGUCCAAAGAAUUCCAAAAUAUCUUCAAGUUUUUGCAAGUGAGGAUCAUGCCCACUUAUACAUACAGAGGAAGGUUCGAAGAUGAGCUAACCGAAGUCUUGAAAAUGCUGAGGUAUCCGCUGGCGGAAACAAUCAACAUCAAGGCCAUGUAUCCCAUUGCGGCUCUCCAUACCCUCCCUACCAUUAUUGCCCUUUUAAGCUGGAUGUGCGAAGCGUGCAUAGUAACAGAACGGAUUGCGGAAGAAUUGAACGAUACAAACCACGGCUUUAGCGACGGUCGCAGUGAUGACCGGGACGAUCGUACCAUGACAGGUUUGGAUGAUAUGGAGGAGCUGUUUUGCGAUUUUACGGUCGCUAGUUAUCAUGCCUUUAUGGAGGGUGUGGACAAUCGUUCGCCUAUUCGAGAGGAAUUGCAGCGUUUCUUUGAAACCGGAAUGGCGGAGAACAAGGAGCAUGCAGAAAGACUAAGAGAAGCCAACCAAAAACUCCAGCAAACUUUACAACAUGUGGAAAAACGAGGUUCUCCUCUUGCAGUACUCAAGAAGCGACGAGAAGAAUUGGAAAGCGACAUGAAGAAAUUUGAAGUCUACUGCGAAAACAAGGAACAAAGAAUUAAAAAGUACAGUGAUCUGAAUGCACGUGUACACAAAGAGUCCGAAGCAUUAGAACAGAUACUGUACGCUACGCAAGCCGACGUUGAACGAUUAAAACAAGAAGUCCAGCGUCAAAAUGUCAGCGAGGAAGAAUUUGAUCAAUUGGAGGCACAACAUGAGGAGUUCGAAAAACACUAUACAAAUCUGCAAGCGCGGAUACAGGAGCUGCGGAAGACUCAGUGGGAGAAAGAGAUGUCACUGGAGAAAGAAAGGAGCAUGGUGGAUCACAUAGUAUCCGAAUACAAUCAACUGGCGUAUCGAACAGGGCUUGUUCCUGCCGAUGCUCGCAACGCCAACGGUUGUGACUUUACAUUAUCGUUCACAGCGGAUGCAUUGAAAAUCAAAGACAGUAGUUCCAUCCAUAUGCUAAACGAUGCACUUAAACACAUGCAAGUGCUCAGUGAACGGUACAAAGAAUGGAUCAUUGAAGACACGACCAAAAUGCAACGGUUACAAGAAGAAGCACAUCACGUGGAAGAGCAAGUGUCAGAAACGCAAAUGAACAUUGUGAUGCUCAAAGAGAAGUUGACCAAACGAUCUGCGGUUCUGGAAGAAACAAGAGAAAAGGCGCGGCAAGAAAACAUCCGGUACAACGAGGAUAUGGAUGCAGCAGAGCAACGUAUCAAGCAGAUGCGAAGUCAAGCCGCAGCGCAAGUCAUUGAAAGCCAACAACGUGAAAGCCAACUGCAAGUGGAGAUCAAAGAAACACAAAGUCGUAUAGACAUGGAGCGGCAAAAGAUGGUUGAGAAGAUUGAACGGCUGAUGAAUGUUGAUCACGCUUUUUCCCUUCUCGAACAGGAGAGUCGCCAACUGUGCCUUACCCUAAAACAAAAGUACGAAAAGAUGCCCGGUAUAAAAUACUAGACUAAUUUACCAUGAAACAUAAUAUCACUACGGAUCACAUUCAUGCAGUAAUCCUUCGUUAUUUUUAGCUCCUCUGCAUCACUGUAAAUAAAAAUAUGCGCCCACAAAGACAGACAAUAUCUGGCAUCGACUGUCCGGUUAUGAGCCAAGGACACCGAGUGGAAAAAACUGAUUUCCAAUAAUAGUUUCAAAAAGACUUGAAAAAACAGCAAAUGAUAAAAAAAAUUCCCAAUGUUAAA